GGAGGAGCGAGGGAGACGGGCGACGUGGGUAGGAGCGAGAGCCAGAAUCGGAAUGGAAAGACAGCCAGGUUGCCGGACGGGGUGGCAGGGGUGAGGGGCGAAGGCGAAGAGCGGCUUAGCCUGGCGCUGCCUCGGUCGUAGCCACGAGUGGAGUGUCGAGAGAACAACCGAGGUCCCGUUGGCCCUGGUGGUCGGCCCGCACCGGGUGAGGCGUCAUGAAAGCGCGCCAGUCGACCGUGCGCACCUACAGCCGUAUGAGAGCACGCUGAACGCUUCGUUUGCUGCCCAUUUCCCGGCCCUUCCUCGCCGUCGCGCCUCCGUCCCUUUUCGGAGCACGACACGUUGACACGCGGUGGCGACCGGCGCAUUGGCGCACCUCCUGAGACGUAUCCCAGUCGGAUUUACCGCGAUCGCAGGAUGACAGAGGUGACAGGCGGACGUCCAGCUGGAUCGGCGACUCCGCUGAUGAACGAGAUCGCGCGUUUAAGGGAUGUCGCUCUCUUUCUCGUCGAGGAAUCGUGAUUGGGGCGGGUGAAGAAGCGCGGUCAGUGGCCUGGUUUCUGAUUGACACCCUAGGGUGGUGACCUCGGAUAAGGGAGACUCUCAUUUUGUGCUUUUAAUUAGAAAGUUGGUGUUGUUUUACGGUGUUUGUUUUGAAAUCCGGGCUUCGUUCUCUUUUAUGACGCGUGUAGCUCCUUCCUCGGUGGCUUAAUGAGGGCCUAGGGAGCGGCAGAGACAAUGGAUUCGGAGUAAUGCUCAGGUGUGUGCUCCUUUGUUAAUCAAGACGGAGCGUUUGUAUUCUUAAACUACUCGGAAUCUUUUGCUUCUCAUAAUUUUCGUCCCGAUGGAUGAUUCAGGGAUAGCAUCGUAUCAUUAACUGUGACGUUUCGCGCGGUGGUUCUUCUCACGCGUGAUAUUUUCGCGCGUGAAUUGCGAUAGAGUAACGGAAGGAAGUCUACUCGGUAAGUGGACGCAUGAAACCGCAGAACGGUUUAAUCUGCUCAGUACUAAUCCAGCCAUAACUCAUAUUUCAUAUAAAGUUUCCGUCGUGCGGUUAAACUUGUAUUUCAUCAGCCGGAUGAAGCGAAGUCAAGAUAGAAGAGAUCUAUUGGCAGCAGGACACACGUACGAGCUUGGUGUAUAAAAAAAUCGAAAUUAUUGAGAUUUUUAAAAUUUUGUAAAAUAAGGAUCUCAUCGUCGAACGACAUAAUUAAAUAUUAUCGUGAAAAGACUAAAACAAAGUAUAUUGUAUAGUGAUAAGUGCAAGGAAAAAAUCGAUCGGGCACAGACCUUUCUCCGGGCAAAAUCACGCGUUUCCGAUCACCGAGCAAUCUCUCGGCUAUUUUCAAUGUUUUGUGAAGCUUGCUUCGUUACCUCAUUGUUGUCACGUUGACCGCGCCGAAGGGUGCAACCCCUAGUUCGUUAUUCCGUUCCACACUUCGGAGCAUUCAAAUCGCGGAGUAACGAAGGGAGGAAACUAAUCCAGUCCAGAAAUGAUAUCGCAUAUUUCGUUCGAUGAAUAGACAGAUGCGAUAGAGAGAAAUGUAUUUAAAAACGAGAGUAUAAAAUAGAAGUAAAAAUAGCACAAUAUGUUUUCUUUAUAAGAAAGCAAAGUAAUUUUCUUCCUCGGUUCGUUACUACAUUAAUGUAUUAUGUGAUUUCUUUACGUCACAUACUUCAAGAAUAACAUCGAGGAAGACAAAGGUGCCUGAUGAGCGAAAGAACCGGUAUUCUAUUUAAGAACAACAUGAAGAAAGGCAGAACAAAAAGACACGAUACGUGCGAGAGAUAAAGUAGAGAGGCACGCCUAUUAUACUUUCUUUGUUAGCAUAGUCGUAUAUGUAUAUGUACCGGUCGUUGACAUACAUUUUCAACGUCAGAUAGAUGUCAAAAUGUGAAAAGCAGCUGUAAUAAAGUAAUGAAAAUUACAUUAGAUGUCUGUACCAAUUAAGCUUCCAUUUAUAAAGUAAUUUUAUAUGAAAGAAACAUUGCGCAGCAAUCAAAUUGAUGCAAGAAGCAUUCCACAUCUAGAUUAAAAAAAAAGAACAAAAUUGAAUGCUCGAAACUAAAUCGACCUACUUCAAUCCGGCACGAGGACUGUGCGAUUUGUUGAAGCAGAAUUUAAUGGAUAACACGCGCUAAGACACCGCAGAAAAAUGAUCCAUUAAUUUUUUUUUAUUCCGGGAAAUUUACAUAACUCUGAUGCACCUGACACAGCGGAUGUACCAGACCCGAGGAGGGGAGCCUGAGAACUAAGAGCAGCGACGUGCGAGAGUCGCGCAUUAACCGAGUCAUCGUUUCCUGGUGUUUUGGAUUCGUGAUAACGCGUUAGCUUCAGUCAAGCAGAAGGCUCGGCGACACGCGGCUCGCCGACUGAUAUGGCAGCAGCCGACCUUCCUGCCACCGCGAUCCCUCGGCUCCUCCGCCAUCGUCGCCGUCACUACCUCCGGCACCGGCGUAGCUGUCAAACAACCGAACAGGUGUUACCGCGAGGUACCCGGAGUGGGACACGCAAUUUCUUGUGAUACCACACGCACGGCGCGACUCGAAGAAGUAAGUCCUAGUGCCGUCGAUCGAUCGAUGUGACACGCACAUUCCUCGCGCAUUCCUCGUUACUUAACUGGACGCCGAAGGUGUCUUCGUGGGUGUUAUAUUCCGUGAGGUGUCAGUGAGUGUCUGGGUGAAGGGUGGACCAAGAGCGAUUGCUCCGGGAACAAGGAGGUUUCGACGUUGGUAGAUUUCGCACUCAUCGAAGAUGACGGACCGUAAAGUCUUCUGUCCACAACCAGUAUCCAAAUUCAGCAGCAUCCUUCUGCUGCUGUUGAUUCUUUUAACCGAGGUCACAUACUCGGCCGAUCUCGCGAUCGAGAUACCAGGCAAUCUGAGCCAGGGUGGUUCCUGGUACCGUUUGGAUUACAGCCCACCCGUCGGCUCUCCACCGCCGAACACCACCAUAGCCGCCACUGACAUCGGUGAUGUCAUAAAGUUCAGGGACGGUCUGCCUGGAACGAGAUAUGAGUACUGGCUGUACUAUAGCAACAGCACUCUUCACGAUUGGUUGACGUGGACCGCGUCAAUCACAACACCACCCGAUCCUCCGUCAAAUUUGACGGUAUCAGUGCGAAAUGGAAAGACCGCGAUCGUAUAUUGGUCACCUCCGGCCCAGGGGAAUUAUUCCGGUUUCCGGUUGCGGACGCAGAGCUUUAGUGAUACCGGAAAUCCCAAGACCACCGUCAUCCCUGUUGACUCGGUGCCCUACACACUACGUGAUCUCACGCCUGGUGCCACGUACUCGCUUCAACUCUUCACCGUACUGGACGCAAAAGAGAGCGUUGCUUAUACCAGCAGGAAUUUUACGACAAAACCGAACACCCCGGGAAAGUUCAUCGUCUGGUUCAGGAACGAGACGACGCUGCUGGUGCUAUGGCAACCGCCUUAUCCGGCCGGGAUAUACACACACUACAAAGUUAGCAUAGAUCCAUCUGACGCGAUAGAAUCCGUUCUCUAUGUGGAGAAGGAAGGCGAGCCACCUGGUCCUGCACAGGCAGCUUUCAAAGGACUUGUUCCAGGCAGAGCGUACAACAUUUCCGUUCAGACCGUUUCCGAGGAUGAAACGUCCGCGCCCACCACGGCCCAAUAUCGUACGGUACCACUGCGUCCACUCAACGUGACCUUCGACAAAUCCUCCGUGACAUCGACUUCCUUUCGUAUGUUUUGGAACCCUCCCAACGGCACAUCUGAGUUCGACAAGUAUCAAAUAUCGCUCGGUAGUAAUCGAAGGCUUGCGCCGGUUACGCGAAACCGGGACGACGAGAACAGAUGGGAGUUCAAGGACUUGGAGCCCGGUAAAACAUAUCAAGUGGUGGUGAAGACGGUUUCUGGCAAAGUCACCAGUUGGCCGGCCAGCGGAGACGUUACUCUGAAGCCGCUACCUGUUCACGACCUCAGGGCAGUGAUCGAUGAGAAAACUGGUAUGGUAGAAGUCUCUUGGAGUCCAGAGAAUUCAAGUACGCAGGAUAGUUACAAGCUACAAUAUCAUGAAGUGGAAACAUCGAUUGGCGGUGAUAGUAACACUUUGACGACUGAUAAAACAAAGGUCACGCUGGAAGCUCUGCUGCCAGGUAGAAAUUAUUCCAUAAUAAUUCAAGCAAUUAGCAAUAAAGUCGAGUCGAACGAAACCGUCCUGUACCAAGCGACACGUCCUGCUAGUCCUGUAAUUGAAGAUCUGAAGCCUAUUGAGAAGGGUUUAAAUAUUUCCUGGAAAAGCGACGUCAAUUCUAAACAAGAGAAAUUCGAAGUAACCCACAACAGAAAUGAUACUGGAGAGAGUGCAACCACUCUGACUACGGAGUCGCAUAUUGUCUUGGAAGAUCUUUAUCCUGGUGCAGCAUAUGAGGUCAAGGUCUUUGCCAUUAGCCAUGGACUUCGAAGCGAGCCGCACGAUUACUUACAAGCCGUCUUACCUCAUCCACCGAAGAAUCUCAGUAUUGAAAAAGUCACGAGCAACACCGUUGUUGUGCAUUGGGAAGCGCCGACGGAUUCGAUAUUCACCGAAUACUCCAUCAGAUAUCGUACAGAAGAUGACCCCAGGUGGGUCAAACUCCCCAGCGUGCGCGACACGGAAGCGGAAGUGGCGGAUAUGACGCCCGGCGAGAAGUAUACUAUCCAAGUGAACACCGUCAGUUACGGUGUCGAAAGUUUGUAUCCGUUACAAGUGAAUCACACAGUCAGGCCUAAUCCAGUUCUAAAUAUCACUCCGGUUAUCGAUUCUACCAAUGUAACUCUUGAAUGGCCGCGGCCUGAGGGUCGUAUUGAGACCUACGUCAUAAGAUGGUGGCCAGUGGAGAACCCAGAGGAUUCCAGGACGAAGAACGUCAGCGAGACCAACGAUGUACCCGAUAUCAGUUUCGAAGAGAACGCUGUGCAAACCGAGAGGAUUCUGGUGAGCGACCUGAUGCCUGGAGUACAGUACUUCUUCGUCGUCUACACGAUCUCGUAUGAUCUAGUCAGCGACAUCACCAAUUUAACCACGAGAACGAUGCCCCUGAUUCAGUCCGAAGUCGUCGUAGUGGUCGAUCGGGAUCAACCAGGAUCAUUGACGUUAAGAUAUACACCGACGCCGAUUCAGUCUUCAAGGUUCAAUCUAUACCGGUUCAGGAUUAGCGAUGAGAAUAACACCACGAAGGAGCGUAUGGUGGAUGACGUUGACACCAAGGUUUCAUUUGUUGGAUUAACACCUGGCAGACUGUACAACGUAACUGUUUGGACAGUAAGCGAUAAUGUGGAGAGCAGACCUCUCCUCCGGCAAGACCGACUCUAUCCUGAACCGAUCACUGCGAUCCACGCGAUUGACGUAAAUGAUACGAGGAUCACCUUGACCUGGGACAUCCCGCACGGAGAGUAUGAUACUUUUGAAGUACAGUACAUAAAUACGGAAGGAAACUAUAUCCAAAAUAUAACCUCGGUCAACGUGAUUACCAUCUUUGAUCUGAAGCCGCAUAGAAAUUAUACGUUCACAUUGGUUGUACGUUCGGGCACAGAAUCCUCUUACUUGAGAGUCUCAAAUCCGCUCAGCGCCAGUUUCACCACCAGCGAAUCGUAUCCAGGAAAAGUGGAGAAGUUUCAUCCUAUCGACAUUCAACCGAGUGACAUCAGCUUCGUAUGGUCUCUGCCCAGCCAGGAGCAAAAUGGCAUCAUUAGAAAAUUCAGCAUCACUUACGGUUUAGAAGGUUCGACUCACACCCAGAUGCAGGACUUCAGGCCGAACGAGUUUCGUGGUGUUAUCAAGUCUCUCAUACCUGGCAAGACCUAUAUCUUCCGGAUUCAAGCGGAGACAAAGAUCGGCUUUGGUCCUGAGGUGAGCUGGAAGCAGAAGAUGCCGAUAUUGGCGCCGCCGAAGCCAUCCACGCAAGUGGUGCCAACCGAAGUCUGUAGAAGUAGCACGACAAUCCAAAUUAGAUUCAGGAAAAACUACUUCAGCGAGCAGAAUGGCGCGGUCACGUCGUACAGUAUCAUCGUUGCCGAAGACGAUAGCAAGAACGCUUCUGGACUGGAGAUGCCCAGUUGGAGGGAUGUCCAGGCCUACAGCAUUUGGCCACCCUAUCAGGUAAUGGAACCAUAUUACCCUUUCAAAAAUGGAUCUGUAGAGGACUUUACGAUCGGUUCCGAGAACUGCGACAACAAAAUUGGAUACUGUAAUGGACCGUUGAAGUCAGGAUCUACUUAUCGGGUGAAAGUGCGCGCGUUUACAGCACCGGACAAAUUUACGGACACCAGCUACAGCUUCCCCAUUCAAACAGGAUUGCUGCUGGCAGAUAAGGACAACACGGCCAUCAUAGUCGGUGUCACCGUCGCCAUAGCCUUGCUACUGUUUCUAUUGGGCAUCGGGCUGUUUAUGCGAAGGAGAAGAAGCCAGGGUCGCAAAACAACAGAAACCAGGGCAACCGAUAAUUUAUCAUUGCCGGAUAGCGUUAUUGAGACUAGCCGGCCCAUCAAAGUCGAAGAUUUUGCCGAGCACUAUCGCACUAUGUCGGCGGACUCCGAUUUCCGAUUUUCGGAAGAGUUUGAAGAAUUGAAGCACGUCGGAAGAGAUCAACCGUGCACUGCGGCGGAUUUGCCUUGUAACAGGCCGAAAAAUCGCUUCACGAAUAUUCUUCCAUACGAUCACAGUAGAUUCAAGCUUCAACCUGUCGAUGAUGAAGAGGGGUCCGAUUACAUCAAUGCCAAUUACGUUCCGGGUCACAAUUCGCCACGGGAGUUUAUUGUGACUCAAGGACCGUUGCAUUCGACUCGCGACGAUUUCUGGCGAAUGGUAUGGGAGAGCAACAGCAGGGCGAUUGUAAUGCUAACGAGAUGCAUUGAGAAAGGCAGAGAAAAGUGCGAUCACUAUUGGCCGAUGGACACCUUGCCGGUUUAUUAUGGAGAUAUCUGCGUCACGAUACUCAACGAGACGCAUUAUCCGGAUUGGAGUAUCACCGAAUUUAUGUUGUGCAGAGGUGAUGUGAAGAGAGUGAUACAACACUUCCACUUCACUACCUGGCCAGAUUUCGGCGUUCCCAGUCCACCGCAAACUUUGGCGAGGUUCGUGCGUGCGUUUAGGGAACGAGUCAGGCCCGAUCAGCGGCCUAUAGUCGUUCAUUGCAGCGCCGGCGUAGGUCGUAGUGGCACCUUCAUCACCUUAGAUAGAAUACUGCAGCAAAUUCUCGUAUCGAAGUACGUCGAUAUCUUCGGGAUUGUCUGGGCGAUGAGGAAAGAGCGGGUCUGGAUGGUUCAGACGGAGCAGCAGUAUAUCUGCAUCCAUCAAUGUCUCUUGGCCGUUCUGGAGGGACAGGAUACCACUGGACCACCACGAGAAAUUCAUGACAAUCAGGGAUUCGAAGGCAAAAAUCGAAGCUCGGUCGAAAGCACUAAGAGUCCUGCCGAGGCUGAGAAGGAGAGGUGACCUUCGAACAGCGACUCCUGCAUCGAGGAUGACGAAGGGAUAGCCGAGUCAGGGAUGUGAUGGUUCGAUUGCUGGUUAGGCGUAACGAUUGAUAGCGACAAGAGCGAAUCUCGUUUUCCAAAGGUGCUUGAAUCCCCAGGAUUUUUCAAGUUUCCUUGGAAAAGAAAAAUAUAAAAACAGAGAGAUAACAGUCCAAAUCAGGCAAAGACGACAGCGAACAACGUAACAAUAAUCAUUUGGACAAUUAAGUCGCGUGCGAUAGGAUAAUCAAUGGAAGAUAUCUCCUGGAAGAAUCGUUUUAGCGUUAAGCAACGAACGAACACGUGUCUUCAUUUCUCUGUCGGCUACAUAUCGAAAUUAAGCGUGUUCAAUCAGUGAUACGCGUUAGAAUAGUUUCACGACUAAGAUAAUUAUCAGGAAAGUGUAAAAAGAGUGCCGAAAAGGGCAAUAACUGAAGGGGACGUGAAAAAAAAACGAUGUCAAGCCGAAUAUGCUGCCAAGUGUGGGAUUACGAAUCAAAUGCAUGCGCGAUGUUUUAUACGCGUCAUGCAACGGUCGGAGAGAUUACGUUUUUAUUAAUAUAUAAUUCAUGUCUACAUAUCUAUAUAAGUAGCAGAAAACUGAUAAGGCGCGCGAUAUUAAUAGAUGUAGAUCGUAUGUUAUAACGAGUGCAGAGAUGCAUAUUCCACUGGUUGUGUCACGAUGAGGCCUCGGACCACAUCGCAUCCGCAAUGAGUCUAUCGAACAUCUUUGUUAAGUCGCAAUAUGUAAGACAGAUAGCAUUUUAGAUCGAUUGGAUUGCGCAGACAUUGCGAACUGGCGUCUUGGUUCCUCUCCCGAUGCAAACAUUCUUCUGAGAUUACCACCAAUAACACUUUGUUCAUAUUUCGUGUUCUAUUCGAAUGGACGCGUAAAAGAUUAUCCUACGUUCUCUUAAUUAUUUUUUCCAGAAUUAACGUAAAUGCGGUCGGAUAAAACUUAAAAGCGAAUCCUUGCAAAAGCGAGACGCAAAGUACUCGACGAUCACGCUGAUUGAGUUAUCGUUCGGAAUGACGAGCCGUCCGUCCAAGAGCCAUAUGCGUGCUAGACGAUGAUUUGAUAAAUAAUAAUGUUAAUAUUAAAGCGAAUUAACUAG